AUGGCUUUUCCAACGUUUGAGUUGGAUAAUGUUGGUAAUUUAUCUUGGAUACAACGAUCAUUUAAAAAACGUGAAUGUAUCAAAUUUAUACCAGUUUCGAGUCAACCAGAUUGUUGUUACUGUGGAAAAACCUAUUCUCGACAUGAUGUUCAGUGUGGUAGUAUCGAUUAUAAUUUCUUAUCGACGAAUGAAAAAUGGUCAGUACAAAAACAUACAAAAACUUAUCAAACCGAUGCUUAUGGUACAAUCGAAUUCGAAGGGCAACAGCAUCCAACAAAAGCACAGUAUGUGAGAUUAUCCCACGAUACUCGACCAGAUCUUGUUUUAAAAUUAUUCGUUAAAGAAUGGAAUUUGAAAUUGCCACGUUUAGUCAUAUCAAUUGAUGGCGGUAUUGCCAACUUUGAACUUCAACCCAAGUUAAAACGUGUAUUAAAAAAGGGCCUAUUUCGAGCUGCCAAAACCACGGGAGCGUGGAUAAUCACUAACGGAACAAAUACUGGUGUCGUUAAACAUGUUGGUGAUGCUCUUUUUGUCAAAUCACCAAAAGCUAAAUCAGAUAUUGUUGUCAUUGGUUUUGCACCCUGGGGUGUGGUGGAAGGCCGUGAAAAUUUUGUUGGAGCAAAUAAACUUGUUUCAUAUCAUUCGAUGGCAACUGCAACAAAAAAUUGUGCUACAUUGAACAGUAAUCAUUAUUAUUUUCUCUUGGCAGAUAAUGGAACAACGGGAAAAUUUGGAGGCGAAGUUGUAUUACGAAAAAAAUUUGAACGUUUUUUGUCUAGACAGAGAUCAAUGAAUAUUCCUGGUCAUGCAAAAAACGCAACUAUUCCUGUUGUUUGUGUUGUGGUCGAAGUGGCACUACUCUUUUGUUUCAGUACGAUGGCACAUGAAAUUCGAGAACAAUUAAUUCAAACAAUCAUUAAAACGUUUGGUUAUACACGGAAACAAGCGGAAAAUUUGUUUAUUGAAUUGAUGCUAUGCGUCAAACGUAAAGAUCUUAUAACUGUCUUUCGAAUGGGCGAAGAAUCGCAGGAUAUUGAUUUGGCAAUAUUAACUGCUCUUCUUCGAAGUCAGGGAUCAUCACAGAUUGAUCAGUUAAUGUUAGCGCUACAUUGGAAUCGUGUUGAUAUUGCUCGAAAUUACUUUUAUCAUGGUCAUCAAUGGGUAGAAGAUGAACUAUAUCAAAUCAUGAUGUCGGCACUUAUACAUGAUAAAGUGGAAUUUGUUCAGCUAUUACUUGAAAAUGGGAUAUACAUGCAAAAAUUUUUAACCAUAUCUCGUUUAGAAGAACUUUACAACACGAAGGAAGGACCGCCAAAUACGAUUCAUUUCGUCAUGAAAGAUAUUCGAAAAUUAAGAAAAACUCUAAGUCUUGGCCAAUAUACAUUGCCAGAUAUUGGUUUAGUUAUUGAAAAGUUAAUGGGUCAUGGUUAUCGUUCCAACUAUACUCGUCGUCGUUUUCGUUAUCGUUAUCUUAACUUGAGUGUAAAGACCAAAAUGAAGCGAACAAGAAGUGAAAUCGAUGAUACUUUUCCAUAUCCUUAUAACGAAUUAUUAUUGUGGGCUGUAUUAAUGAAACGUCAUCAGAUGGCAAUAUUUAUGUGGCAAAGAGGAGAAGAAGCUAUGGCAAAGGCGUUAGUAGCUACAAGAUUAAAUAAAUCAUUGUCGCAAGAAGCCGAUGAAGAUGAGUUAGAAGUUGAAGUGUCUACAGAAUUGGGAAAUUAUGCUGAACAAUUUCGUCAACUGGCGUUGGGAAUUCUUGAACAAUGCUAUAAAGAUAAUGACGAUAAAACGUGUCAGUUAUUGACAUAUGAAUUAAGAAAUUGGAGCGAUUGGACCUGUCUUUCGUUGGCUGUCAUAGCACAUCAUCAGGAAUUUGUUGCUCACAAAUGCUGUCAAAUGUUAUUAAACGAUCUAUGGAUGGGAGGCAUGAACAUACGACGUUAUAGUUUUAUUUAUGUGAUCGGUGCAAUUCUAUUUCCACCACUUGUAUUUCGAAUUGAAUUUAAAACUCCCGAAGAAUUACAACAAAUGCCAAAAACAGCUGAAGAACAUUUAGCCACUCAUGAAGAUGAAGAAAUAUCAAAUAAUGAUGAAGAUGAUACAGAGGAAGAUAGUAUAAACCUUGGUGUGGUUUUUGACUCAUCCCGUCGUUCAAAAAGUGUUCAAGAAACAUCUAUUGAUAAUAAUUUCUUACAACAGUCCCGAAAUAGUAGAGUAGAUUCAAUACAUCUAUCACCGUCGAAACUUACCCAAUACAAAGAUAUGCUCGAUUCAAAGAAUAUCACUCCUGCCACUACCAUAACGGAUAUACACAGUAUCCCAACACAUACACAAUCACUGAUGACAACAUCCUCGAUAUCAAAACAACAACAAAAACAAAGAGAAACAAAUAUACCUUGGAUUAGGCGAUUUGUUCAUAGUUUAUCAAACAAAGACAAGUAUAAUCACAGUAUGGAUCUAUUCCACUUACCUACCGCGAAAAGUGAUGGAAAUAUCAAAAAGCGAACAUUGUCUAUUAAGGAACGUUUUUAUGAAUUUUAUAAUGCUCCGAUAACAAAAUUUUGGCAAAAUGCUUUAUUCUUUUUAAUAUUUCUUUUAUUAUUCACAUAUAUGGUAUUGGUACGCACUCCUCCUAAGCCAACCAUUCCAGAAAUACUUGUCACGAUUUACUUGGGAACAUUUGCAUUUGAUACCAUAAGAGAGAUAUGUUCUGCUGCAUCACCUCGUUUCAUAAAAAAACUAACUUUGUAUUUUUCUGAUUUUAUACACAUAUUUGAUACAUUAGCACUAAUAGCGUAUGGUAUUGGAUUUAUAUUGCGUUUUUAUCCUCGUACUAUUCAUAUUGGUCGUUUAUUCUAUUGUCUUGAUGUUAGUUAUUGGUAUUUACAUCUGUUGAUUUACAUCAGUGUAAGCAAAACAGUAGGACCCUAUAUUAACAUAGCUGCACAAAAUUUAAUUGAUUUAUUUAAUUUUAUCAUUAUUAUUCUGGUUGUGCUCAUGUCAUUUGGUGUCUCACGUCAAGCAAUUCGGUAUCCUGAUAGAUCAUGGACAUGGGAUUCAGUCAAACAAAUAUUUAUUGAACCUUACUUUAUGAUUUAUGGUGAAGUUUAUGCGGAUACAAUCGAUCCACCCUGUACAGCCGAAAAAUCUUCAGAACCAGAAUGUCAACCUGGGUUCUGGAUAACUCCAAUAACAAUGACUGCGUUUUUAAUAUUUUGUAAUAUAUUGUUGUUAAGUAUACUAAUAGCCACCUUUAAUAAUACUUACUUACGUAUCAGUAAACAAUCAGAUCAAUUAUGGAAAUAUCAACGGUAUUUUAUUGUUUUAAAAUAUGAAGCUAAGCCAAUGUUAGCACCUCCACUCAUAUUUAUUUCUCAUAUAUUAUUUGUCCUUAAAUUACUUUAUCGUUGUUGUCGAUCUCAAAAAUUAAAGCUUGAUCACGGUCUAAAAUUAUUUCUAAAUGAAAAAGAAGUGUCGGAUAUUCAUGAUUUUGAAGAAGAAAAUAUGGAUGAAUAUUUUGCGGCCAAAGAUAAACUAGUGCGAAAUACAACAGCAGAACUAGUUGCUACUACAGCUGAAAGAGUCGAUAGUAUAGCAUUACGUACAGAUGAUAUAUAUCAACGUGAAACACACCAUAAAAUUGUUUUACAAAAUCUUGAUUGGCGUUUACAACGUUUGGAAGAAUUAAAUUUGCAAAUAUUCGCUAGUGUUCAAACAAUUGCUUCAGGUUCUCCAUUACAGUUCAAAACGACAUCGCCAUUAUUGGUAAGAGACGAGUGUCGACAAAAGGUUGCUUCAAAUUCUUAUUUUAACGAUGACAAUCAAUAUGAAACUUCUGUUCAUCAUAAAUCAAAUAAUAUCAAUAAUUUUAAGUUUAAUAUGGAAAACAUUUCAAUUCCAUCUGUUCUCGAUCGUAAUUCCCAUCAAAGUUUAUCCAAUAGAUUCAAUUCAAACGUAGUAAUUAAUGAUAGUAUAUCACCACAAUAUUAUCAACACCUUGAAAAGAUAAAACGGCGCUCAUCUCUUUCACCAAUAUUAUUUAAUAAAGGCAUUUCUCCUUUUAAAUUUGAUUUUAACGAAUCAUCCAUUAUUCAGCCAACACUAACAUCAAAAAUGAGAAUAAGCACAUGUAAUAUUAAUGGAAGAAUGAACAAUAGUUCAUCAUUAGAUGAUUUAACAUUGCUACCAUCAACAUCCUUCAACCCAUUUUAUACACAAAAAAACCUGACACAGUCAUCAGCCGAACCACAAAGUCAUUCAUCUAAACGUAUAUCAUCAUCAAAAAUAUCUUCAGCUGUUGUUAAUGAACGAAUAGGACUUGGUGAACAACAGCCAUUAGAAAAAGCGUUGAAAAAACUUAACAUAAACGUUAAAUUGUUGAAUAAUAACAUAUCAGAAAAUGAACAUUAUCGUCGUGAUUCAAUUGUUCCAUGUGUAUCAACCGUUGUUGUUAAAACAAAUGAAUAUACGUCCAUAACAGAUUCAAUUGAUACAAGUAUGUAUAGUCGUUCCACCAGUCCCGUACAAUAUUUAUCGAGUUUAACAUGUGAAAAAAUGAAACCUCUACGAUCAGAAACAAAGACGGCAGAAAAAGACAACAACAUUCGAGAUCAUGAUAUGCUACAUUCAGCCGAAGAAUCCACACACAAUCUAAUUGGACAAUUCAUUAAAAAACGUGACAGAAAACUAUCAAUAAACACUGUAAAUAAUCAGAGCAAUGUGACACAACAAACAACAAUUCAACAGCGGCGAUAUUCAUUAUCAGAUAAUAAAAAUGAAUCAACAACAACAAUCUCAUUGUUAGAGAUGCCAAUAAAGAGAAGUUCGUCGACGUCGUCGGCAGGUGCUGGAGCUGUACUUGGAGGUGAAGAAGCGGAAGUGGAUACAGGCACUGAUGACGUGGAUGAAGAUGAAGAUGGCAUGAUGUGAGAUGAAGGGUUGGUAAAAUAACGUAGAAGAGAUGAACCAGCGAGCGAUGGAAAGAUAAUGACGAGAAUGAUGAUAAUGAAGAUGAGUGAACAAUCAGAAUUCGGUAAUAAUAGAAAGUGAGAAAUUAUGAGAUACAGAGUUGGUGAUGAGAGAAAGAAAGAGAAAAAGAAACAAGAGAAAAAAAACAAAAAAAACUGUUAUGACCUUAGAGAAAUUGAAUUUAACUAACCUUGAAAAAUUAGACAGGAAGAGUCAGACGUGGAUUGUUAAAUUACGUGUGACUGGUCAGUAUAUGUGAACGUGGAUGAUAAGGGAAUGAAUGAGUGAUGAGAAGUACGAGUGUUUUGUAAAGGAAGGAUGGAAGAAAUAAACAGUUUGGACAAUGAUUAAUUGAGUUUUGUGUAUUGUGGGAGAACAUGCAUUGUUGAGAACAUGGAAGACAGAUAAGCAGUGGCCUUGACGUCGGACAGAGAAAGAGACACCAAAUAAAAUAAAACUGGUAACGAUAAGAAGGGAACGAGGAGAAUGGAACACAAUAGAGUGGUAAAAUGGCGGAUAUGGUUUAAAAAAUAAUACAAAGAAUACAAAUAAAAAAAAAUCGAGAGCAUGGGCCAAUUACGAUAAAUAACGAGUGCUAGGUUUGGAAAGAUGCGUGCUUCAACGCGAAACACUUGAACAAGUAUUCGGAGGAAUGGGUGUGCGACAUCGAGGCAUAAGGACGACAUGUAGUAACGGGCAGUGAGGAAACCUGAGGUAUCGAGUAGUUUAAUGCGAUCAGCCAGAGGAACACCAUCAGGUAGGCGUUGAAUUUGAUACGUGGCAGGACCGAGUCUUUUGACAAUUCGGCAAGGUCCCUGGUAACGUGGGUCAAGUUUGCUAACUGUCCAUUUCCCGGGUAAUGGUUUAAGGGGAAUGAUGCAAGAAACAAGAGAAAGUCAGUGGUCCGAACAUGACGUAACGAACUAUCACCAAUAAUUAAGUGGUGAUGAUAGGGAGGAGAGAAUGCAUUCAUUUUGAUGAACGACUCCAGAACAAAUAGGGAUUGGACCAAUGAAAGAUAGGAACUAUCAACAACCAGAAUUAGGUUGGAAAUGAAGAAAGGCUGACAACAUCAGUAAAGAUGAUGAAUAUGUAAGAUCCAGCGAAAAGUGGACGUAGGUUGUACAAAAAAAAAAAAUGUGCGUCAUUCUAUACAAGAUCUAACGCUUAAAUAUGUCUUUCAAAUAGCGAAACGAUACACUAGCAUAGUGUUAUCAGUAUAAAAAAAAGACAAUCAAGAAAUAUCGUGUACGGAUACAUGAAGACACAGAAGGAACCUUCUGCGCAAUCCGUUGUGCAAGCACAAAAAUAAAAAGUGUUACGUGUGGUGGAUGCAUGCGAACUGCAAACCCAAAGUAAUAAGUAAUACAAAAAAAACCCAAGGUCUAACACUACCACAGUGUUGACGGUAUAGGCGUAGUCGCCUGUAUAAGUACCCGAAGUGUGGGCGACUUAAAAAACAAUAAUAAAAAACAACCGAGGUCUAACACUAUCAGAGUGUAGACGAAAUGUAAGCUACUUACAAACGAAGGAGGAGAAGUGGAGAGCAGAUCCAUGUGAAACCGAGAAAACCUGUGACCGACAGAGGAAUAUCCGGAGAUGGACAGACUAUUUGUACUUCCAUUUCCAGAACUCCGAGUGUAGUGCUAGGAAAUUUCGGAUAAGGUGACGGAGGGAAGUAUUAGGAAAGAACGAAACUCGAUCAAGAAGAGGAUGGGCUUCCCUAAGCUGAAGUUUCAGGAUAGAUCGUGAAGGAUGGGUACGGUGCAUGAUCAAUCCGAAUAAGGUAAAAACAAGCAGAAAUGUCAGGAUAUAUCGAUAUGCUGCUAGGCAAAACGUUUCAUCCCGAGCAGAUAUAACUGUGAUCGAGUCCCGCGGUUGGAGAGUAGAUGAGGGAACUGGGUGCCGUCGGAAAAUGUAGGCAAAAUCAGACUCGUGAUCAGAAGUUCCUUUCAAUUUGCACAAUAUAUGGAUAAGUGAUUGAGAGGGUUGUAUGAUAGGCGAAACUACUGACAUUGGUUCCGAAGAGGAUUGACAAGCACAGAUACUAAGUGAAUCAAAAUCAGUUGUGAGC